UGGAUAAAAACAACGAACAUGAUAUGUAAUUAGUGUAAACAACGCAUCAUGUGGAACAGCAUAAAAAUAAAUAAUGAUAUUUAUAUGAUUUCUGUUAUACAAAAAGAUGAUACAACUAAAAUCCUUUUAACUAAUCUUAUUGAAAUAUGGAAAGAAACAUUAACAAAAGAACUUAUUUUAGAUAGAUGCAAGAAAUUAAAUCCACUUUUAUGUGUUGAAGCUCUUGAUUAUAAUGAUAUAUUUAAAAUUUUUGAUAAUAUGUCAAAAUGUAUUGUUGAAGCAUCUAUAGAACAAAUUAAAUUACGUAUUGAAAUAGAAGGUGGUUCAAUGAAAUUUGCCAUAAAUUUUAUAAAAGGCACCUCUCAAGACUUCUGGGAAAUUAUAACUAAACCAUUAUGUAUAUCAUCAAUGGAAAUUAUUCGUCAGCACAAAUUUCUUUUAGAUUUAAUGAAAAAGAAGGAUGAAGAAAUUGGUGAAUAUAAAGCAGAGGGUGCUGAGUUAAUAAGAAAGAAUAUAGAAACAAAACCUUUUAAAGAAGACCAAUUAAAAAUAGCAAUUCCUACUCCAAAUAUUGUUGAUUGUACAAAUGCAUUCCAAAGAAUGGUGGAUUUUUAUAAUGAACUUAAUUUAUAUAAAUGUACUACAACUUCUAGAGAACCUACAAGCAGUAAUAAUAGGAAUGAUGAAAUAGAAAAAAUAGAGCAAAAUAUAACUAGUCCUGUUCAAGGUGAUAAUAAUUGUGCACAUGAAAUGGAAAAUGUUUCUAUACCAAGAAAUAUAGAAACUACACAUUCAGAAGAUAAAAAACAAAGUAAAGAUACAAUUAACAAGAAAGUAACUAGUAAUAAGAAAGGAACUGCAAAUAUGGUAUAUAGGCCUAUUAAAAAGUUAAAAAAAGAGCCUGUACAUCUAUCUAAAAUGUUACUUAGAUGGAAAAACAGUAAAAUAAAAAGGGAAAGGUCGAAAGAAAGUAAUUACUUCUGUUCUGACUGUAACGAUAACCCUGGUUUGUUUUUACGGCAAUGUUUUAGGAAGUAUCAUAUUAUUAUAUGA